AUGCAAACAUCAAAUCUCAUAGCCACACUCAAAAAAACCUGCAAAACCUCCGCCCAAGUCCACCAAGUCCAUGCCCAGGCAAUCACCGGAGGCCUCUUCUCUCUCCACCCCACGUUCCUCCUCACUCAAAUCCUUCACUCCUUCGCAUCUUCUCCACACUCUCACACCACCACCACUCACCCCAACCACGCCACAAUCGCCUACCUCACCAAGAUUUUCAGUCUCAUCCCAAACCCGUCAUCUUUCGACUGUAAUGCCAUCAUUCGAGCGCACACCCACCUAAGCUCCCCGUCCACCGCCCUGGAUUUCUACACCCAAAUGCGCCGGCGAUCAAUCCCGCCGGAUUUUCACACCUUCCCUUUCGUCCUCAAAGCCUGCGGGCUAUCCGGGGACCCGCAUUCGCUCGCCGGGAAUCUCCACUCGGAGCUGCUCAAGUUCGGGUUCUCGGCCGAUCUUUUCGUGCACAACGCUCUCGCCUGCGCAUACUCCAAAGGCGGCGACUUUGGCCUCGCGCAGAAGGUGUUCGAAGAAAGUCUGUCUAAAGACGUGGUGAGCUACAACGUCAUGAUUGACGGGCUAGUUAAAAUCGGCGAGGUUGACAGAGCAAGAAACGUGUUCGAUGAAAUGCCCGAGAGAGAUUCAGUUUCAUGGGCCACACUUUUGGCAGGCUAUGCAAAGUCGACCAGGUGUGCCGAGGCCGUUGAGCUGUUUGACCGUAUGGUGGGGUCAAAGGUGGGGCUCGACAACGUUGCUCUCGUUUCGGGCCUCUCAGCCUGUGCUCAAUUGGGAGAUCUCGAAAAAGGCAAGAAAAUACACGAUAUCAUUAGAAGGAACAGACUUAAAGUAGACUCGUACUUGGGCACAGCACUGGUCGACCUGUACGCGAAAUGCGGACAGAUCAAGACGGCGGAGGAGGUAUUCGUGUCGUGCGGGCUAAAAAACGUGUCUUUAUGGAAUGCAAUGCUCGUGGGCCUAGCCGUGCAUGGACACGGAAAACAAUUGCUGGAUUAUUUCUCAAGAAUGGUAAAAAACAGAGUGAAGCCCGGUGGGGUGACGAUUCUUGGGGUUCUAGUGGGCUGCAGCCACUCGGGCCUGACAAAUGAGGCCCGCAAAAUAUUUUCCGAGAUGGAGGAUGUAUACAAAGUCCCGCGGGAGCUGAAGCACUACGGGUGCAUGGCAGAUCUUCUAGGGCGCGCGGGGUUGAUAAACGAGGCAAUGGACAUGAUAGAAAAAAUGCCGAUGAGGGGGGAUGUGUUCGUGUGGGGAGGAUUGCUCGGCGGGUGUAAAAUACACGGGAAUCUUGAAAUUGCCGAGAGGGCUGCCGAUCGUGUGAUGCAGGUUAGACCUGAAGACGGUGGGGUGUACUCGGUUUUGGCUCACAUGUACGCGAAUUCGGGAAGGUGGGAUGAUUUGGUGAGGGUGAGGAAAUUGAGGGAUUGUAGGUGGGGACUGAAGAAGGUGGCCGGUUGUAGUUCGAUCGAGGUGGAUGGGAUUACGCACGAGUUUGUUUCGGGGGAUUGCUUGCAUCCUUGUACUGAGGAGAUACACUGGGUUUUGAAUGGAUUGGAGCUGCACCAGUAUGAAGGGGCCUAG